AUGUCCGACUCUAACGAACCUUCCAAAGUUAACGGUCAAAUCAACUCCCUCGUCGGGUCAGCCAAAGAACUCGUCGGUAACGCCAUCGAAGCUGGCUACCAAGCUGUAGGGGGUUCAACCGAACCGUCUUCUUGGACCACCACUGGUCAGAAGCAGCAUGCUGAGGGGGAAGCCGAGAUUACGGCGGCCAAGGCAGAAGGUUAUGUCGAGGGAGUCACUGACCGUCUCACUGGCAAGAAAGAUUCCAUUGUGGGUGCCGUCACCGGCGAUAAAGCCCAACAGCUUUCUGGAAAUGCUCAACACGACAAGGGUCACGCCCAGAUGGAGAUUAACAAACGUCAGUUGUCUUUUGCCUUUCCCUCCGGCUGA